ACUGAAAGAAGUCUCUCACCCACGUCCACUAUUAUAACGUCGAGGACUCGCUUGUGGAUAUAGCUCGGAUUCUAGCACAGGUGUUUGGAUUUUGGGACAUUCUUCCGGUCAUGAAUCGGGGUUCUUUGCCCGCCGCUGCUUUUUUGCUACUUAUAUUCACGGUUUUAGUGUCUGUGGUGGAGGCACGUCAUUCCGCUGGGCUAAGGAGACACAAGAGGGAAUGGAUCAUCCCUCCCCAGAAACUAGAUGAAAAUGUAGACUACACCAAGAAAGAGUUUAUCGCCAAGAUCCGGUCAGAUUCAGACGAUGGGACUGGUAAUGUGCAGUACUCUCUAACUGGGGUGGGAGCUUCUAAAAACCCCAUCCACCUGUUCAUAGUGAACCCUGACACCGGCUUUGUAAGGAUCACUGGUAUCCUGGACCGGGAGACUAUCGCCAUGUACAAUUUGUCAGGUAACGCUAAGUUCACUAAUGGCAAUGAAGCAGAAAAGAACAUUGAUUUGAGGAUCCAAGUUGUGGAUCAAAAUGAUAACCCUCCUAUUUUCGGUGAUAUUAACCCAGGAGAGGUGUACGAGCUCAGCCCAUCAGACACGUCCAUCAUGACAUUGACUGCAACAGACGCUGACGAACCAGGGAAUGAGAACUCUAAGAUUGCCUACACCAUAAUUAAACAGGAGCCUCCAGGAGAGAGCAUGUUCCACAUCACCAAGGAUGGAGUACUGAAAGUAAAACGGCCCACACUGGACAGAGAGGUGCAGGACUGGUACAUGCUGACAGUGAAAGGUACAGAUCUAUACGGUAGACCAGAGGGCAACACCGGCACCGGAACCUUUAGAGUCAACAUCAAGGAUGUGAACGACAAUCCUCCCACUCUGGAGAAAGAUGAGUAUGAGGGCAGUAUUGAGGAGAACACAGAGAACGUGGAGGUGAUGAGGUUCAAAGCGGAGGACAUGGACAUGGAGAACACUCCUAACUGGGCGGCUCAGUUUGAAAUCGUCAAGGGAAACGAGGCUGGCUACUUCAGCAUUGAGACAGACCCCAAGACCAACGAGGGAGUUCUGAUACUCAAGAAGUCUGUAGACUAUGAAGACGUCAAACACCUUGAGCUGGGAAUAGCCGUAGCUAACCAGGCUCCACCUUAUAAUGGCGAAGGAGGAGGAGGAGGAGGAGGAAGUGGGACAGGAGGAGGAGGAGGAGGAGGAAGUGGGACAGGAGGAGGAGGAGGAGGAGGCGGUAGUGGAGGCAGUGGAGGCGGCAGUGGAGGAGGCGGCAGUGGAGGAGGCGGCAGUGGAGGAAGCGGCAGUGGAGGAGGAGGCAGUGGAGGAGGAGGUGGAGGAUCGUGGUUUAGUGGUGGAGGUUCUACAGGGAAACCUAUGAAGACCUACCCAGUGAAGAUCGCUGUGAAGAACCAGCCAGAGGGGCCACGGUUUGACCCCAAGGUCAAGGCUAUCCCCAUCUCAGAGGGAGGAGACUUCAACAUCAACAAGGUGAUCGGCUCCUACCAUGCCAUCGACGGAGACACACUAAUGCCUGCACAGAACGUCAGGUAUGCUAAGGGCUCUGACCCAGACAACUGGCUGACCGUUGAUGAGUUGACUGGGGAUAUUAAACUCAAUAAGAUGCCUGACAGAGAGUCCAAGUUCCUGGUCAACGGGACAUACUACGCCAAAGUUCUCUGCAUGACCCAAGACAUGCCCUCUAAGACAGCCACGGGUACGGUAGCCAUCCAAGUAGAGGACUUGAACGACCACUGCCCCACGCUUACCAGUAAAGUUCAGACCAUGUGUAUGACAGCCGAUGCUAUUACCGUGACGGCAGUGGACAAGGAUGCGUUCCCCAACGGAGCCCCCUUCACCUUCACCAUCAUCCCAGAGGGAACAGAGGGAGUGUGGGUGGUCGAGCACCUAAACGACACCUCGACCAUCCUGAGGUCCCAAAAGGAUUUGUGGCCGGGCUCCUACGCAGUUGCCAUGGAGAUCCGCGACCAGCAGGGGCACGCGUGUCCUGACUUGCAGAAGCUAAAGGUAGAUGUCUGCACGUGUGCGGACAAAGGGAAGGCAUGCGCGACGCGAGGAGUUAAGGGCUCUACUGGGGCAGUUCUAGGGCCUGCAGCAAUUGGACUGCUCUUCCUGGGUCUGCUGACGCUACUGCUAAUCCCUCUCCUGCUGUUGUUCUGUACGUGUGGGGGUGCCGGAGGUCUUCCUGGGGGCUUCACUGAGAUGCCCUUUGACGCCAAGGCACAACUUAUAUCCUACCACACUGAGGGACAGGGGGAGAACACGGAAGUACCUCUGCUGAACGCACCAGUUCAGGUCGACACAGGAAGGGUCAAAAUGGCCAAUGCGGGAACCAUUGCAGCAACGGCCGGAGGGGCGGGGCUAAUGAUAGGUGGUGGUCAGUUCCAGAACUCCUCCUCCACGAUGGGUGGUGGAUUCUACCAAUCAGACGGCCUUAUGGAUAUUGGAUAUAAUAAUGGAGGAGAGAUAAUCGGCCAUGGGAAUGGAGGGGGCUUUUAUUCUGAGUAUGAGAGCAGAGAAGGAGGAGGAGCCUAUGAAGGCAUCGCCCUGCCUGAUCACUACCUGGAGGAGUACUACUCUCAGAAAGCUCACUGUGCAGCUGAAAACCACAUCCAGAAGGACAGUAUGUUGGUGUAUGACUACGAGGGCCAGGGCUCUCCUGUGGGCUCGGUGGGAUGCUGCAGCCUUCUGGAAUCUGACAACGACCUCCAGUUCCUCAAUGACCUAGGGCCAAAGUUCAAGACCCUGGCCGAGGUGUGCCGCGGAGAGAGGUUCCAAACCGAAGUGUCUGCGCCUCUGCCACCCAGACCCAUCAUCUCCAUGCCAACAGCAGCCAGCAGUGUGACGACCAAUGUGGCGUCCAGACUGGUUUCCGCUGCCCCGGUCCCAGCCCCAGCCUCAGCACCAGCCCCAGCACCGCCCCCUGCCCCAGCACCAGCCCCAGCACCGCCCCCGGCCCAGGUGACACACGUUGAGAAGGCUGUGGUGAGGGAGUCAGAUCGUUUGUCUACUCUGAGGCAGGACAUGGUGGGAGGAAGCCAGGGCCAGACCUUCCUACUGCAGCAACAGCCUAUGUACUACACCACCAUGCAGCCUAUGAUGCAGCCCGUGGUGCAGCAGAUGCACUAUGUAGUGGAGCAACAGGUUCCCAACAUACAGGGCAUGAUAAUGGUCAACGGGCCUCCGUCAGGCUCGGCCCAGGGCCUAGUGCUGCAAGGGCAACAGGUGGUGACCGGUACCCAGGCUCAGGGCACGCUUGGCAGGGGAGAGGGAGGCCUGAUCCAUAUGGGGAACAUGUCUGGUUCUCAGGGUAUGAUGGUGGUGGAUGGGCCGGUGAUGCAGGGGGGGCAGAUGUUCCAAGGGGGGCAGGUUUUUCAGGGAGGGCAAGUUCUUCAGGGAGGGCAAGUUCUUCAGGGAGGGCAAGUUCUUCAGGGGGGGCAGUUGGUACAAGGGGGUCAGGUCCUUCAGGGGGGUCAGGCCUGGCUGCAGCAGAGUAGCUCCCUGCAGCGAGGGGGCUUAUCAGGGUCACAGAGCAUGCUGGUGAUGGAGGGACAGGGGGGUAUCAGCGGAGGUAGUGGGGUGCAGAAAGGCCAGGGAGGGGUGUUAGGGUUCUCCCAGGGGUCCAUGCAGAGGAACGGCCUCUCUGGCUCACACAGAGUCCUCUACACCACAGAGCAGAGCUCAGCCGCAGAGUCCAGCGCAGGCUCACAGAGCGGCAUUGUAGGAUUGAACGGGUUCUCUAGCAAGGUCAGCGUAGGCCCCGCAUCCUCCUCCCGCAAGGCGGGGAUAGAGAAAAGAGUUGUGACCAACCAGAGCACCAGUAAAUAAAGUCUCAACAGAUAAUAUAAUACUAUAAACACAAGACACAUUAAAUGCCACUGAAGUUAUUUAUGGUUGGAAAUGUCACCACCUUGAAAGUUUUGAUUUCAAUUCAGUGGUCAAGAUGGGGGUAUUUUUUUGUCCCUGAAAAGCAUAUCAUUCUUAGAUGUAUAGUGGGUUUUAGAAUGAGAAAGUGUUAGAUUGUUGUUUAAAAAAUGUGGCAGUGGGCAAGUGUAAAUGUGCAGGUUCAGAAUAUUUUACAGAUUGUAACCUUGUGUCUGCUUGCACAGCGAAUUCUAUCAGCCAGGCCUAUAAAGCAUCCCACCUUAGUUCUAUCAUGCAGUGUGUACAUGUGUGUUUUCAUGUGAGUGCGAUUCAGCUUCCAUCUGAAAUAAUGAACUAUAAAAAAGAAUGAUCUUAAUCAACAAUCUAUGCAUUGAGCUUGUCUGAUGCUAUAAGCACACUGUUUGAUCAAAUUAACACAAAUGACUAAAGAGGGAACUAGGGAUAAAGAAAUAAAUGUGCCUGUCCCUACCAUCCUUCUCCCGCUCCUACUGGCCUUCGCAAAUUCUGAUGUUACUGUCCUGAACUUGCCAGGAAUAGGCUACACAAGGAGUCAGCAAACUUUCUCAUGUGGAAUGCAAAUGUAUCCUACCAUUUCUACUGAUCUGUGUGCCAGUUAUGAUUUUCAUAUGCACAUUUUUGUGUAGCAGUUUUCAUUUAUAACAUCUUUGUAUCUUUAAAAAAUGAUAUCCAAAUCUAAAUGAAAAUGAUACAAACCUAAAAAGUUACUUCUAUUGCCAUUGCUAACUAUGUAAAAAGAGCCUAUAAAGCCAACAAAUAAAAACAUUGCAGCCUGCAGGUAGAAAAUAUCCUGAUAAAAAUAAAUAUCCCAUAAAUCACAUUGGCUACACAUGCCCUGUCUGCAACAAACUUGAAACAUUGUAUCAACUAUUAACUUGGGUCUGGCCUGAAGAACCUUGCCACAUUGUAUAAAAUAUUGGGCCCUCAAGAGUUUUGCGAGCCAAUGAGACACACCUGUAGGCUAUUUGUGCAAGGGAUAAGAAGUAAUCAGGUAGGCCUAUUUUUAUGAUGUUUCCACUGAUCAGAGCAACACACUGAGUGUUUAUCAAAGGUAGAGGGCUGGAAAGAUCUUUCAAAUACAUUGAGGAACUAUUGUCAUUCUCAAUGGAUGUAAAAACACACUUUGUUUGCUUGCUGUUUGAGGUGAAGAGAAUAUUACUUUGAGAAGCUCCAAAGGUCAUUAGUGGUGGUGUGUUAAGCCAAACAGAAAUGCUAUCAGAUCCCCAAAUGGGCACAUUUAUAUGCCUACAUGUGCCUGCAGGCCAGGUAGCCUAUAGGCCUACUUCUAUGGGUAAUCAGGUGCGCGUCCUUACUCAACAUUGACAGGAGCGCUCCAAACAAAAGACAAUGACUAAAUUGACAAAACUCGUAAAUAUAAUUAAAUUAACCAGAACUGGUUUCUCACAAGUGUAGCAUAGGUUGUGCGCUCUGCAAAAAACCUGUCCACUCUGACAAUGACAAAGGUAAAAUACUGGAAUUAUAUUAUAUUGAAUGCAUUAACACACAUUACCGUAACCAAAAAAACAUUGCAGAUUAGAAAUUAUAGGAAUUAACUGGAUGUACUACUGGUGAUAUAUGUAAUGGGGAAUUGAUAGACACUAACAAUCAGGCGCCAACAAUUCACACUAUGAAGUUAUGAAACAAUGAAUGUGCACAAAUUGGCGGGAGAGAGGGUGUUCUGGAGAGAGAAGUGCAUUGUGAAGCCACAUGCCCCUUUUUGGACUGUGCCAUCCCCACGACCUCUGUAAUGGAUGAGUUCACUGAGAUGGCCACGAAUAAGAUAGGCAUGUCCUGUGCCAUAAAAAUAUAUGUUUGCUACUGCUCAACUAAAAAAAAACCUUGGUCGACCAACAGCCUAUCUACCAAACGUUCGACCAGUCAAAUAAUUGGGGUCAACCCUAAUUUCUGUUGAUUAGCAUCAAGGAUCAACCUGAUUUUGAUUAGGGGCACUGUAUUGAGUAUUGAGCAAUUCUUUACAGGCGAAACAAAUCUAAAGCUUUUUUGUUUUUCUAUUGGCUGUUAGUGUUAGUUUGUCAUCCACAGACGUGUGAUUGCUGUUAUUCUAUGUGAACAUCUCCACCCACGUCUCCCUGAGACAGGCUCUCAGCCCCCACCACACGCGCAUGAAGGCACACAUACACACACACACCUCCUCUUCAGUCUGUGGGACUUGUCCAUGCACACCAAGAGCAUGUUAGACUGUACAUUUCCAUACCAACCCUGACAUCUUGUCCAGUCAGUUUAAGAUUCUGCACCUUGUUGGCAACUUAUACCUGGAACCUGCUAGUCCCGCUGAGCAGGGCUCUGAGCAAGCCUCACAUAGGACAGAAGUGGAUGAGCUAUAGCCAAUAGGCAAAGAGAUACAACAGAAGUGGCUGAGCUAUAAACUAUAUAUUCUACACCCAUCUCUGGCAUACGCAUCCAUGUUUGUUAUUUCAGUGAUUAGACAGGUUUGUUUAGAUAUUCUUUUUUUGUCUCUGCUUGUAUUGUAUUGUAACUAUUUGAUGGUUUUGUUUGAUCUGAAAUUAACGUAUACGUCAUUAAUUGGACUUUCUAAAAGCAGCAAGCAUGUUCUCAGAGCUUGAAGCAUGAAGAAUGUGCUUCCAUUUUUCAGUCUUAAGCUCAAAACAUGAAGUUGGAGUUUGUCAACGUAAUAAUACUGCGAUUGUCACACAGUUCUUCUCACUUAACUGUUGGGUGCUCAUUCUGAAACAAAGUAUAAUAGCUAUGCCCCAAAGCUUUUAAUUUUAUCCAGGUUUGAUUGAAUCUAUACUUGUAGUUGCAUCAGUUAUAGUACUUAAGGAUGGGUCUUAGUAUUUUUAUGUUGUUUGUGUUUUAGUGUACAAAUAUUCUCAUAUUUUUAUGUAACUUUUUUUUAUACCUUGUUGUGUUUGUGUAUGCACUCAGACUGUUACCUAAACAUGGAUUCGUCCAAUCAGGGUCUAUUUUGUUUUUAACAAGAAUGGGAAGAGGGGGAAAUUAUUACCACUUGUCUAAGACUAUCUAAUAAUUCUCAAAGUACCAGGGGAACAUUGUAUAGUUUAUUUUAUGUUACUCUUCUAUUAAAUGCACUGGUAUGUAUUUUGUCAAACGCUGGGUAUAUCUGAAAACAGUUUUUCUUAGCCGUGUUUGUUCCAGAGAAAGUUUGGCAAAAAAGGAGAGGACUGAGAUAAAGAACUAUUGCUGUAUUGCACAAGAAGACACAAACUACUGACCUCCUGCACAGUCACUGUCUUUGUGGUCUGUCUGAUCUCAGAUUUCAUCAACAAAAUGUCAUCGAGCCAAUGUUUCAUCUCAACUGUAUUUAGAGAUCAAAGUCCUUUUGGUUAUUUAGACUGAAGUUAGGAGUGUCCGAUACAUUAAUUACAUACAACACUUUUGAAGCAAGUCUAUUAUAGCGUACUAGCGUAGAGUAAGGUUUUGACAUGAGUCACAGUCCAAUCAGGCUUUUAUCUACUGAAACGUCUCUGGAACACUCACUCUUAAGUAAUGUUUCUAUUUUGGUUUGUAAAAGAGACAUUAUUUUAAAUGUUACAGCUUCAAUAAAGCUCCUCUUUUAUUAUU